AUGCUGCUGUCAUUUCAGUGGUUUUGGCUGGUACUUUUGUUAUAUCUGACGAGCCUCAGAGAUGUGGAGGCUCAGUUUCCAGGUGCCUGUACCACAUCAGAGGCUCUUCAGAACCGGACAUGUUGUCCGCUCUGGAAUGGGUCUCCUUGCGGGUUUAACUCAAGGCGAGGACUAUGUGCACCACAUGUGGUAAGAAUCUUUGCAAAACCAGUAGACUACAGGGUAGACUGGCCUCGUGCCUUCUAUGAUUCAGUGUGUACAUGUUGGGGAAACUAUGACGGAUUUGACUGUGGUCAGUGCCUCCCGGGCUGGAGAGGACCGGACUGUCAGACACGGCACCAUGUGGUGAGGAAAGAGAUAACAGAUAUGACUGAUUCUGAGAGAGAGAACUUCCUCUCAAGUCUGGACCUGGCAAAAAAGAGCCCCAGCAGCCGUUACAUGAUCCUUACAAGUAAUGACACAACAGUGAAAGGGAACUAUAAAUUUCACAACACAAGUGUCUAUAAUCUGUAUGUAUGGAUGCACUACUACGCAGCCAAGGUUUAUGCUGGUACUCAUAAUGAUGCUGCACACAAGGGCCCUGCUUUUCUCUUCUGGCACCGAGUGUUCCUGCUUUUCAUUGAGAGGGAGAUCAGGGACCUCACAGGUAACCACGAUUUCUACAUCCCAUAUUGGGACUGGACCAGAACCGACCACUGCAACAUCUGCACCAACAAGUACUUUGGGGAAGUUCGCCAAGAUGGUCGUAUAGACAGUGCUUCCCGUUUCUCAAAGUGGAAGACCAUAUGUCCCUAUGAUGAAAGUCUUGGUAUAAUUUGCAUCGACUCUGAUGAUCCUGCACCUCUGAUCCGCAACCCUGGAAAGGAUCCAUCCAGCAACACACUGCCAACCACUGCGGAUGUUAAAGAGACACUGGCAACAGAACAUUUUGACACACCUCCAUUUAACAAAAACUCUAAGAACAGCUUCAGGAGCAAGCUGGAAGGUUUUGAAAUUCUCAGGAACUUGAAUUCCUCUAUGCACAACCUGGUCCACGAUUACUUCAAUGGCACAAUGUCAUAUCUCCCUACUGCUGCCAAUGACCCCAUAUUCAUGGUACACCACAGCUUCGUUGACAAGAUUCUCGAAGAGUGGUUGCAGGCCCACAAUGAAGCAGCCUACCCUGACAGUGACCUGGUCCCUGCAGCCCAGAGGGCAGACGCCUACAUGGCCCCAUUCUUCCCACUACGCACCAGCAGCUACUACUGGGACAAGAACAUCAGGAGCCUGGGUUACAGUUACAGAGAACACAGCAUCCCUCACUCUGAAGGUGUUGUGGGAGUGGAAAUGAGAAAUGUACUCUUCACUGCCAGAGUUUCUAGAGGAAUUUGAUAGCCAGUGGAGUCCAGUGCCAGUGGCCUGCUCUGGGUUGUUAUAGCAUUGUAUUGUGUUAGUGUUACUGUUGCUAUUAAAUGCAAAGGUGAGAAUUAUUAUCAUAAGCCUGUGAUGAAUAUAUCCAUUUCGGAGAGGUACGCAUUUGUCUGAUUUCUGAUUUUGCAUAAAUGUAAAACUGAAGUGAAAAGAUUCAGUGUAAUUUUGUGGUGGAAAUUAGAAAUUCUAUAAAUUCUACCAUAGCUGAACCUUGGGUAUCCCUCAA